AUUCGAUUAAAAUUUUAUUUAAUUUAACAACUUUCGAUAUGAAGUCUCACUGUGACUAAGUAGCAUGUAAGCAAAUAUUGUCCAUCUCUAGUGUCGGCGCUAGAGUUGCCUUUGCUAUUAUCAACAUCUGUGUGCUUGUGUGCUGUGUAUACCAGCAAAUAAAAUUUUUAGCGGCGGUGUUUGCAGUGCAAUGCUACUACACCAAUUUAUACACAUAAUUGUUUUUAACUAAUAAAAAUCAGCUCUAAAUGUGGAGGGUGAACAUUGAAAAUGCGAUGCGAAAUGUAAACGCACCUGAAAAAUCGCAAUAGCUAUUUUCGAAUUUGAAACGCGGCGCACCGAAGCUCGUAAACGCUGUUACCUAUGGGAGAGGAAAAGUCAGACUCUCGGGAGACAUUUGUUGCAACUUUGAUCAAUCCACUUGAUGGCGACAACAGCAGCAGCAGCAGCAACGACAAAGGCAACAGCAGCGAUCAACCACAGAACAAAAAAUGUAUAAAAACUGAGCAACCAGAGUCAAGUGACACAAGCAACAAUGUCAACGAGAGCCCAACAAAAAAAAAAACUACUGAAGCGAACAAGAAAACUGGCAACAAAAGUAAUGGCAUUAACGGAAGCGAAACAGCAACAGCAACAACAGAAGCAGCAGCAGCAGCCGAUGCACUAACCGCCGAUCCACCCGUAACACACGAGAAGCCAGCAUUCAAAAUAAGUAUUGUUCCACUGGAGAAACUGCUAGCACAGCCAAACAAGAAACACAGUAGCAUCAGUCCAAGCACCAGAUCAACUAGAAACGCCGCCGCCGGCAACGAUACUGUUCAAACAAACAAAGCGAAAACUAAUUUGAGGCCAUCCUCUGCGCUGCCGCCGCGGCAAAGUCGAAAUAAAAACGUAUCGAUUAUCGAGCUGAGCGACAACGAGGAUUCAACUGACGAAGACGAAAUUGUUGUGCGAAAAUCCACGCGUAGUACGCGCAUCACAUCGCCACCGUCAGAUCGAAGCAAAGAACGCGCCCAGAAGAACCCAAACAAACAGAGUUUGCUCUCUAAGCUGCUGAUUGACAGCGACAGCGGCACUAGCGAAGAGCCUACAUUAAAGGUACGUCGCUGCGUGGUACGAGUUAAGCGUGUUAAGUUGCCUAGAGUAGGACAUAGAUCAAGAAGAGUUGCACCAUCAGCAGUUGCAGAAAGUGCAGCAGCAGAAGAAAGUGCAGCAGCAGAGAGUGCAGCUGCAGAAAGUGCUGCAUCAGAACGUGCAGCAUCAGAAGGUGCAGCACCAGAAGGUGCAGCAUCAGAACGUGCAGUAUCAGAAGGUGCAGUGUCAGAAAGUGCAGCAUCAGAAGGCGUGAAGAAAGAACACACUAAGCGCAAGAUGAGCAGCGAUUCCGGGCAGGAACAGGCGAGCACCUCGAAACGCAAUCGCCGCAAUAGAAAAGCAAGCGACAACAACUCCGAUUACAAAGCCGAUGAAGAGCAAGCCGAGUCGGAACAGGAAAAUCUUGAUAACUCCGAUGUCGAUGAGGAUGCUAGCGCACAGACAGAAGAUGGUCAGAGCAGCGACAGUGAGGUGAUGCCGCAACGCAAGCGUCGUAAUUUUGGCAAGAAAGAUGACGACUCGGCACAGGACUCAUCCGAUUUUGAACCUGAGGAGAAAAAGAAAAAGAAACGCAAACGAAUAAAAAAGAAUUCCAGCGGCGAUAGCGAUGAUGGCGAUGACGAAAAGAACAAGAAUAAGCGUAAGCAUAUUCGCAAAAUAAUUAAGACUAAAGAUUUGGAUUUGACCACCAAGGAGGCGGCUAAAGAGGAGGAGGAUCGUCGCAAACGUAUCGAAGAGCGGCAAAAACUCUACAAUCGCAUCUUUGAGAAAUCGGAAAACAUUGAAAUUAGUGAGUUGGUACUGGACUUUGAUGAGGAGUCCAAAAAGGCGCUGCUCCAGGUGGACAAGGGUCUGCUCAAGAAGCUAAAACCUCACCAGGUAGCGGGCGUCAAGUUCAUGUGGGAUGCCUGCUUCGAGACCCUCAAUGAAAGCAAGCAAAAGCCAGGCUCUGGCUGCAUUCUGGCUCAUUGCAUGGGUCUAGGCAAAACCCUGCAAGUGGUAACACUUUCCCAUACAUUGCUUGUUAAUACGCGACGCACCGGCGUAGAGCGUGUGCUGGUCAUCUCUCCGCUGAGUACCGUUAAUAACUGGGCCCGUGAGUUUGUCCAUUGGAUGGCUUUUGCCCAUCGCCGCGACAUUGAAGUCUAUGACAUUUCACGCUACAAGGACAAACCGACUCGCAUCUUUAAGUUGAACGAAUGGUACGAAGAAGGCGGCGUCUGUAUACUGGGCUACGAUAUGUAUCGUAUAUUGGCUAACGAGAAGGCUAAGGGUUUGCGCAAGAAACAGCGUGAGCAGCUGCAGCAAGCGCUCGUCGAUCCAGGCCCCGAUCUGGUUGUCUGCGACGAGGGACAUCUGCUGAAGAAUGAGAAGACAUCCAUUAGCAAGGCGGUCACUCGUAUGCGGACUAAACGUCGUAUUGUACUAACCGGCACACCGCUCCAAAAUAAUCUCAAAGAAUACUAUUGUAUGAUUCAGUUUGUGAAGCCAAGUUUGUUGGGCACAUAUAAGGAGUAUAUGAAUCGAUUUGUUAAUCCGAUAAGCAAUGGCCAGUACACGGACUCUACGGAGCGGGAUUUGCGAUUGAUGAAGCAUCGCUCGCAUAUCCUGCACAAGCUUCUGGAGGGAUGUAUUCAGCGUCGUGAUUACUCUGUGUUGGCGCCAUAUUUGCCGCCUAAGCAUGAGUAUGUCGUAUAUACGACACUUUCAGAACUGCAACAGCAGCUUUAUGGCUACUAUAUGACAACACAUCGGGAUCAGGGUAGCUCCGAUAUUUGCGGCAAGGGUGCACGUCUGUUUCAGGACUUUCAGGACUUGCGUCGCAUUUGGACACAUCCAAUGAAUCUGCGUGUGAAUAGCGAUAAUGUCAUUGCAAAGCGUUUGUUAAGCAACGACGAUUCGGACGAAAUGGAGGGCUUCAUCUGUGAUGAUACCGAAGAUGAUGAGGCGGCGUCCAAUUCAUCGGAUAGUGCUGAUACUUUUAAAUCAGAUGCUAGCUUACCCCUUGGCGGCUCAGAUGCCGCAGGCGGCAGUAAAGUAAAGAGUCGAAAGACACGCACAGCGCCACAGGACAGCGAUUCGGAUGUGGAGGCUAUUGGUGGAACAUCAGGGCAGAAGGACGAUCCCUCUGAAUGGUGGAAGCCUUUCGUUGAAGAGAGGGAGCUAAACAAUGUUAAUCAUUCCCCCAAGCUGCUAAUUCUGCUGCGUUUAUUGCAACAGUGUGAGGCAAUUGGUGACAAACUGCUCGUCUUCUCCCAAUCCUUACAAUCUCUGGAUGUCAUUGAGCACUUCCUGUCAUUGGUGGACAGCAAUACCAAGGGCUAUGAAUUUGAAGGUGAUGUGGGAAACUUUAAGGGCUGCUGGACACCUGGCGAAGAUUAUUUCCGUUUGGAUGGCUCAUGCAGCGUGGAGCAGCGUGAAUCAAUGUGCAAAAAAUUCAAUAAUGCCACCAAUUUGCGUGCCCGUCUCUUUCUCAUCUCAACGCGUGCCGGCGGGUUGGGCAUAAAUUUGGUAGCCGCCAAUCGUGUGGUCAUAUUUGAUGUCUCAUGGAAUCCCUCUCACGAUACGCAGAGCAUCUUUCGUGUGUACCGUUUUGGACAGGUAAAACCGUGCUACAUCUAUCGUUUAAUAGCCAUGGGUACCAUGGAACAGAAGGUUUAUGAGCGCCAGGUGGCAAAGCAGGCAACAGCUAAGCGUGUCAUUGAUGAGCAGCAAAUCUCACGACAUUACAAUCAAACGGAUCUAAUGGAAUUAUACACGUAUGAACUGAAGCCGAGCAUUGAACGCGAGAUGCCGCUGCUGCCUAAAGAUCGGCUGUUUGCCGAGCUGUUGACGGAACAUGAGAAGCUGAUAUUCAAAUACCAUGAGCACGACUCGCUGCUGGAACAGGAGGAGCACGAGAAUCUAACUGAGGAGGAGCGUAAAUCCGCAUGGGCUGAAUACGAGGCGGAGAAGACGCGCGCUGUGCAGGCGUCUCAAUACAUGAGCUAUGAUCGAAAUGCCUUUGGGGCUCAGAUGGUCAGUCAAUUUGGCAAUGCCUCGGGCAGCGUUACAUCCAACAAGAUAUUUGGCUUCCGGUCGGAUAUCCUGUUGCAGUUGCUCAACAUGAAAAUAUCGAAAGAUCAUCCGGAGCUAACACAGAAUCAGGUUAUACAACUGGUGCCCAGCUAUUUGCAGCAGUUGUACAAUGAGAUGAACAACGGUGAUCCAACUAUGUAUAAGGAUCUAUUACAGCUACACACACACAUUGUGCAUCCCAGCGGCAUGUACAUGAAUCCCUUGCUCUAUGCCAAUCAAAACCCAUCAGCGGCGGGCUACACUCAAGGCACCGGGCAGGCAGCUGGAGUCGCUGUACCUGCUCCCAGCAAUGUCAAUCCUCCAGGAUUUGAAGCGGACAAGGUAUAUGAGAUUGACUAGAUGGCAUCCUCCCGAAAUCCUAUUAUAAUCACACACACAUAACUCACGUUGUGGUGAGGAAGGUAGAAUUGGGAUUCCCAUUGCUUGUCGAGCUGUCCCCAUCCAACAUUAUAUAUGUUGUUUAUUUUUAUCGAUACCAUUUAAUGUUAGUUAAUUGACGUCUUUAUUUUCAUAUUGGUAACAAAAAAAUUCAUUUGUUUUCAUGCAUUCAUGAAUAUAGCCCAAACAUAAGUUUAUGUAGUUUUCAUGCCUCAAUUAAGUUCAAAACUGUCCUAAUACAUUUAGAAUUACAUUAGAUAUCGAUACCAAUUUACACCCACAUGCAGCCACACUCACACAUACACCCACACAUAAGCGAGCAAACAUAUGAGUUAUAUACAUAGAUAUAUUAGCUAUUAUACGCGAUCUUUGCUAAGGUCUACAAAAUUUAACUACACACGCAGCAAAAUAACAAACAAUAAAUGGCACAGAAUACGGUAACUAAAUAUUUUAAAUGCGUU